GUAUACUGUUUUUGCACCAGACUUGUGAUUUUGCCUUUGUAGGGAACUCCUAGGGAAGAACUUUCUCUACAACACAGAACAGUGCCUGCUCUGCAAAUUCUAGUGGUCUUGGAGAGUUGUCUAAUGCAUUGAGAGGUGAAUUGCCCAGGGUCACACAACCAGAAGCCAGAACCCACGUCUACCUGACCCUGAGGCCAGCUCUGUAACCACCAAGUCACAUUGCAUCUCACAAGUUGCUGUGGACCGUAGAUUUCAUAGCCUCCACCAAUCUUCAGUCCCUUGCAGUCUGUGGUCCUCCAGCAGCCCCAGACCAUCUCAACUCUGCUAGGACCAUUGUAGGUGCUACUCUCCUUGCCACCAUGCCUGAACCAGAAAAUCCAAGAUCACUGCUUCCCGCAAACUCCUGCUUAAGAGCUUGAUGCUGGCCAAAGCCAAGGAGUUCUGGGAGCAAGAGCAUGAGGAGAAGGAAGCUGAGAAGGCCAGGUACCUGGCUGAAAGGAUUCCUACACUCGAGACCCGAGGCCUGUCACUUAGCGCCCUGCAGGACCUGUGCAGGGAGCUACAUGCUAAGGUAGAGGUCGUGGAUGAGGAGAGGUAUGACAUUGAAGCCAAAUGCAACCAUAACACCCGGGAGAUCAAGGACUUGAAGCUCAAAGUGCUUGAUCUUCGAGGAAAAUUCAAACGCCCACCCCUGCGACGGGUCCGCGUGUCCGCAGAUGCCAUGCUCCGGGCACUGCUGGGCUCAAAGCACAAAGUGUCCAUGGACCUGAGGGCCAACCUUAAGUCUGUGAAGAAGGAGGAUACAGAGAAGGAGCGGCCUGUGGAGGUGGGUGACUGGCGUAAGAACGUGGAGGCCAUGUCUGGCAUGGAGGGCCGGAAGAAGAUGUUUGAUGCAGCCAAGUCUCCAACCACCCAGUGAAAGGUUGCUUUCACAAGCUUUGUAGGAUCUCCAUCUCACCCUCUGUUCCCUUCACCUUCCGCAGCCCACUCCAACCCUGUCCAAGUCCCUCAGCCUAUCUUCAGAGCUAUCACCUGAGUCUGCGACAGGGGACCUCCACAGCCUAGUCAUACAUACCCCUAUCACUCCCAACUCUUCAACACAUCAGGCCUGGCCUCAGCCCUGCUCCAGAACUGGGAACUGAAUUAACACCAAAGGGAGGAGAAAAAUGGAAAUAUCCCAGGAACAAGGAAGUAAAAACCAUUGGUUCAGACCACACCCACCUAAGUGGAUCUCCUUGGCUCAUUUUUAGGCACUGAGGCAUCCUGAGUCAUUUGUCCUUCACUCUCACCUGCCCUCAAGCCCCAGAGCACUCACCUUGCCUCAGAAGGGCUGAUAUGGAUCCUAUAACCCUUCCCACUGUCUUCUCCUGCCCUUCUUUUAUGUAUAUGAGGUGUAGCCUGAGUGAGUUGUGUGCUGUCCAUUAAAUGUUACAGUUUCCUCGUCA